AUGAAACAAGAUAAUCUUUAUAUCAUUAAUUUCGAUAAUAGAACUCAUUCAUCAUCAAAAUUUUCUGUAUAUCGAGAGAAUCUAUUAAGCAAAACAAUAGUUCAAAAACAUGAUUUUUCAACUCCAACAAAUGAACGUCAAAUAGCCGUACGAAAUGCAAUGAAACAUGCUUGGAAAGCAUAUCGAACAUAUGCCUGGGGUUAUGAUGAAUUACAAACACUAUCUAAAAGUCCAUCAACAUGGUUUGGUCUUGGUUUAACUAUAAUUGAUGGAAUUGAUACAUUAUAUAUUAUGAAUAUGACUGAAGAAUAUAAUGAAGCACGUGAAUGGAUUGAAAAAUCGUUUAAUGUUGAUUCAGAUUUGGUUGAUAAAUACAAUUCAAAUUUUGAAGUAACAAUACGAAUUUUAGGUGGUCUUCUUAGUAUCUAUCAUUUAACAGCUGAUGAAAUAUUUUUAAAACGAGCUAUUGAAUUAGGUGAUCGACUUCUGUUAAAUUUCAAUACGCCAUCAGGUUUACCUUUAGCAGAAGUAAAUAUUAAACGAAAAAUGGCUAGUGCUUACGGGUGGACUUCAAAUUCAGCAACAGCUGAAGUCGGUACUGUUCAACUUGAAAUGCGAGAUUUAUCACAAGUAACUGGGGAUAGAAAAUAUGAGAAUGUAGCUGAUAAAUCAGCAACGGCACUUCAUAGUCAGCCAAAAAAAGAUGGUCUUGUACCGAUAUUUAUUAGUCCUUUAACAGGACGGUUUUCUGGUGGUGUUGUUUCAUUUGGUGCACGUGGCGAUUCAUACUAUGAAUAUCUACUUAAACAAUGGUUACAAACAGGACAAAAACGAUCUGUUUUUUGGGACGAUUGGAUUGAAUGUAUUGGUGGUGUACGAAAACAUCUUUGGCACCUAGCCUAUCCGGAAAAACUGUAUUUCGUUGGUGAACUCAUUGGCAUGUCAACUUUUUCACCUAAAAUGGACCAUUUAGCUUGUUUUCUUGCUGGUAAUAUGGUACUUGGUUGGAACUUCCAACGUGACUUAACUUAUCUUCUUGAUAUGGCAACAGAUUUAACUGAAACAUGUUAUCAAAUGUAUGCUAAACAAGCAACUGGUCUUAGCCCUGAAAUAGCUUAUUUUAAUAUUGAUUCGAAUUCGAAUGAAUCAACAAUUAUUGUUCGAGAUAAUGAUGCACAUAAUUUAUUACGUCCAGAAUUGGUUGAAUCAUUAUAUUAUAUGUAUCAUAUAACUGGUAAUGAAAUGUAUCAAGACUGGGGUUGGAAUAUUUUUCAAUCAUUUGAAAAAUAUACUCGACAGGAUGAAGGUUAUUCAUCAAUAAGUGAUGUGCGAAAUAAAGAUGAUGUUCGACCACGUAAUAAAAUGGAAAGUUAUUUUUUAGCUGAAACAUUGAAAUAUUUUUAUUUAUUAUUUAAUCCGACAAAUUUAUUUCCAUUUAAUCAAUGGUUAUUCAAUACAGAAGCACAUCCAUUACCAAUUUAUAAUAAUUAA